AUGGCAAAAACGUUCAAGUACAUUCGCUGGAGUGGACAUUGGUUUGCUACCGGUGAUCUCGACGCAAACAACCCCAAGCUUUUAAGUUUCGAAUUUGUCAGGUCAGUUAUUCUCACUCUGACAAUACCUUUACAGGUGAUCCCAUGCAUCAUUGACUUGGUAUUGAAAAUACCGGAUAUGCCAAAGGUGAUCAUGAAUGCUAUCAGCACUCUUUAUGGCAUUCAGGCAUUCUGCAGAGUCAUUUUCGUUGGCAAUGCGGCCUCAAAGGCCUUCAAAACUUCGAACAGAGUAUUUAUGGCAAUAUUCUUCGGAGCACACUUGACAGGAUGCUUAUUUACUGUGGCACCAUUCGUUAUGUCGUACGAGGCACGAAUCCAAAAACUUAGGUCAUUGACAUGGAACGGAACAAUACCUCAGGUUCUGAUAUACGAAGCGUGGUAUCCUUUCGAUAUAUCUGGAUUUCCGGUUUACCAGCUCACUAUAAUGUUCCAAGCAUUUUGUGGCUCCGUUUGGAUCAACAUGACUUCAACUUCGGAUGUUAUCUUUCUUGCAAUUAUUAUUCGUGAAGCGGAGGAAUUCAAUGUGUUACAUAAUAUGCUUGCCAUACUUUCCAAUGUAGACUCGCACAGAGUAAAAGAGCAGUCUGCACAGACAAUUAGGAAUAACCUCAUUAGACAUCCCAGUUACACUGAGCGGUCCGAGGAUGUAAACAUUUUGUUGAAUUCCUGGAUUAAGCACCAUCAACUCGUACUCCGUAUUCUAACAGAAAUAAGGAAAACGUUUUCCGUUUUCGUCUUCAUUGUGGUCGGAUGCAACGCGUUGUCUUUGGUUCUGUUGGCGUACAUUGGAGCUACGAUCAAAGACGUGACUGCACUACUUUCGAUGAUCAGUUUUUUGUUUGUCGUUACGGCACAAUUAUUCAGCUUUUCUUGGUACUCGAUGAAACUGACAACGAAAGCCGAAGAAAUGUCUCAGGAAUUACUUAGGAUUAAUUGGUGGGAAGCUCCUGUUUCCUAUCAAAUGUCUUCGAAAUUCAUAUCAUUACGAGCAUUGAAAAAUGUUUCGAUAUCUGGAAUGGGAUACUUCGAUUUGAAUUUGGAAAUGUUUUUGUCGGUUAGUUGUAUUGAUUCUUAA